GGAAACUGGAGCGACAUUUAAAGCGGCAGCAGCGGCGCUGCGGAGUCCGGCUGCUUGGGGUAGGACUCUGACCCUGCCUCGGCCCCGAGGAGGAGAAAGCGGCCGCCGCGGAGCAGGUGAGGAGUGGGCUGGGCACCGGGCCCGGGAGACGGAGCCCGCCUACGCCUUCCAUGCCCUGGCCGCGCCUACGCUUGCGGCCGCCUCGCUUGAACCAGGAAGCAGCGGAGCCCGAGGCCUUGGCUCCUCUGCUCUUUCUUUGUGUGGGUCCCGGAGCUCUACCAAGAGAACCGGCAUGGAGAGUAGAAAACUGAUUUCUGCUACAGACAUUCAGUACUCUGCCAGUCUGCUGAACUCCUUGAAUGAACAGCGUGGCCAUGGUCUCUUUUGUGAUGUUACUGUUAUUGUGGAAGACCGAAAAUUCCGGGCCCAUAGGAACAUCCUUUCAGCCUCGAGUACAUACUUCCAUCAGCUCUUCUCAGUUGCUGGGCAAGUUGUUGAACUAAGCUUUAUAAGAGCUGAGAUUUUUGCAGAAAUUCUGAACUAUAUCUACAGUUCCAAAGUUGUCCGUGUUAGAGCAGAUUUGCUUGACGAGUUAAUUAAAUCAGGGCAGUUACUAGGCGUGAAAUUUAUAGCAGAGCUUGGUGUCCCACUGUCACAGGUUAAAAGCAUAUCAGGUACAGAACAGGAUGGUACUGCUGAGACCUUACCUUCUAGUUCUAGUGACAAAAGCCUUGACAUGGAAAAAUCAAAAGAUGAAGCCCAAGAUAAUGGGGCUACAGUAAUGCCCAUUAUAACUGAGUCUUUUUCACUAUCUGCUGAAGAUAAUGAAAUGAAAAAGAUCAUUGUUACUGACUCAGAUGAUGAUGAUGAUGACGAUGUCAUUUUCUGCUCUGAAAUUUUGCCUGCAAAGGAGGAUUUGCCAAGUAACAACACAGCAACACAGGUCCAGCCUAACCCAGCCUCUGUUGCUAUUUCGGAAGUGACACCUUGCGCUAGCAAUAACUCGCCCCCUGUAACAAACAUCACACCUACUCAACUUCCCACUCCUGUGAAUCAGGCAACUCUAAGCCAAACACAAGGAAGUGAAGAAUUGCUAGUGUCUUCAGCUUCAACACAUCUGACUCCUAACAUUAUUUUGUUAAAUCAGGCUCCACUUACUGCACCACCGAGUGCCAGUUCUUCACUCCCAAAUCAUAUGUCCUCUUCAGUCAAUGUCCUUGUACAGAAUCAGCAGACGCCUAACAGUGCUGUUUUAACAGGAAACAAGGCUGAGGAAGAGGAAGAAAUUAUAGAUGAUGAUGAUGACAUCAUUAGCUCCAGUCCAGACUCAGCAGUCAGUAAUACAUCUCUGGUCCCUCAGGCUGAUAACUCCAAAAGUACCACUUUAGAUGGAUCAUUGACACAGAAGAUGCAGAUUCCUGUACUUCCUCAAGAGCCACCUUCUAAUUCUUUAAAAAUUUCAGAUGUCAUUACUAGAAACACUAAUGAUCCAGGCUUAAGGUCAAAACAUGUAAUGGAGGGUCAGAAGAUCAUUACAUUAGAUACAGCUACUGAAAUCGAAGGCUUGUCAACUGGUUGCAAGGUUUAUGCAAAUAUCGGUGAAGAUACUUACGAUAUAGUGAUCCCUGUCAAAGAUGACCCUGAUGGAGGGGAGGCCAAACUUGAUAAUGAGCUACCAAAAACAUCUGGCAGUGAGCCACCAAACAAGCGUAUGAAAGUAAAACAUGAUGAUCACUAUGAGUUAAUAGUAGAUGGAAGGGUCUAUUAUAUUUGCAUUGUAUGCAAAAGGUCCUAUGUCUGUCUGACAAGCUUGCGAAGACAUUUUAACAUUCAUUCUUGGGAGAAGAAGUAUCAGUGCCGUUACUGUGAUAAAGUAUUUCCUCUUGCAGAAUACCGCACCAAGCAUGAAAUCCAUCACACAGGGGAGCGAAGGUAUCAGUGUUUAACGUGUGGCAAAUCUUUCAUCAACUAUCAGUUUAUGUCUUCACACAUAAAGUCAGUUCAUAGUCAAGAUCCUUCUGGGGACUCAAAGCUUUAUCGCUUACAUCCAUGCAAGUCUUUACAGAUCAGACAGUAUGCAUACCUUUCUAAUAAGUCAAGUGCUAUGCCUGUCAUGAAGGAUGAUGCUGUUGGAUACAAGGUUGAUGCUGGAAAAGAGCCUCCAGUAGGGACCACAUCUACUCCUCCUCAGAACAAGUCAACGUUCUGGGAAGAUAUUUUUAUUCAGCAAGAAAAUGAUUCCAUUUUUAAACAGAAUGUAACCGAUGGCAGUACUGAGUUUGAAUUUAUAAUACCAGAAUCUUACUGAACUCUUGGAAUAUCAGAAAGUUUGGGUUGAAUUAAGGGGUGUGGAUUUCAGAAGACCUGUAAAACAAGUCAAGGUAGAAACGUGUUAAUUUGAUCUACCAUGUCCUCUGAAAGUAGACUAGUUGCAUUGUUAAUUUUUAGAAACAGUUUUCCUUAAAAGUUUGAGUAGAGAUUGAACACCCCUGAAGUAUCUGUAUAGUUUAGCUUUCCGCUCAUUUGAAAAGGUAAAUUUUUAAAGGUGCAGGGACAUAGUUUUCUGAGUAGACUUUGAAGAAAUCUAACUGUUCUUUGAGAAUUACUGGAGUUACUAAUAUAUACCCUAGUACAGCUGAUAAUGUUCCCCUUCCAGGUUAACACUCUACUGCUGAUUUUUCAAUUUUCUUAAUGUUAAGUCUAAGUGUGUUGUGUUUUAUAUGGCAUAAGAAGUAAUAAAUGUCCAAAAGUUGUGCUAGUAAAUACCAGAGUAAGUCCUCACUUGGUUUAUUCUGUCAGUCCAAAUGGAGAUCAGCCUUCUGCUUCUCUCCCACUGUGAAAUAGCCAUGCAAACAAGUCUCUCCUAUGAAGACUGAGUUCGUUUUAGCUAACUAGGAUUAACCAUAGUCUGCUUUUGAUGGCAAGGCCACUAUAUGCCUUUAAACUAUGGUCCUGGGGUUACAGGGAGCUAGCAAACAUGCAUGUGGUGUAGCCGGGGGAUUCCUUUGUGCUUAUCAUUGCUCUUCUGCCUUUAUAUGCUAGCAGCAGUCAAGUUGAAUGGAGAGCUCCUUUUGUUAAUUAUGAAAACGUUCCCACAAAAUGCUGUGAAUUUAUUAUCUGAAAGCCACCAAAUGCAUCUUUAUAUGUAAUGCUAGUAAAUGUUGCGAUUCCAUAGAUGAGACUUGUGGUUUGGGGGCGGGGGGCGGGGGGGGGGGCGGCGAGGAGGGGGAGGGAGGCUGCUGGCACAGCUUUUUAAAUGCUCAUGUUAGAAUCUCCAGUGGGAAGUUUUCAUUUUAAGUAAUUUAAAUGGCAAUCUAGAAUUGUCAUUUCAACAAGGUCUUUUGAGUUUUUUUAACCCCUUAAAAUAAGUUCCAAUCUGUGUGCAAACUGCUGCUAUAUUAUAGCAGAAACCAUAACUGGAAUACUGGAGGCAAAUGGCUUCUUGUUUAUUUUGACAAUAAUGCCAGCUUUCCUCCUUUUAAGAUGACACAUAUUUAAACACUUAGAAGAAUUUAAAAUUUACCCAAAAGCUAGUAAUAAAAGAAAGCAGGUUGGAACAGAUAUAUAGUUUAGCAUUUAUAACAGAUUUAAUACAACUCUGUAAAAAAAUUAAUGUUUUGCAAUGGAAAAAAUAAUAGAUACUGAAAAUGGUUGUUGUUGGAUAGUUGUUAGUCAUUUGUGAUCUUGCUUAUAUAUUUCUUAGUUCAGCAUAAGGUAUUUUCAUUCUCUGUGUAUUUUUGUCUAUUUCUUGACAUUGAACGUAAAGCUUUAAUCAUGCUCUUUUAUAUAUAGGUCAUUCUUCUGGUUAAACUAGGUGUGAAGAUGAAGUUUUCAGUGUUUCUUAAGUUGGUAGCUGAGGGUAUCAAGAAUCAGUAUUUGCAGGAAUACAAAGGAAGAGGAUAGUCCCGGCUUACCAAGAGGUAGAAUGCUGUACAUUUAUGUUUUGGUUUUUGGUAAGCUUAAGCCUACCAUCAUAAGCUAACUCUUAGAAAACUUAAAAUCACUUUAUAGCUCAAGACUCUGAUUUCUCUCACAAUAUUCAUUUCCUUUCUCUGUAGCUAUUGAUGGCACUACCUUUUGAAUAUAGGGUCUGCUCAAAAGCAGCUCUCAAUUGAAAAAUGUGUUUCAUGAAUGCAGUCUCAGCAGUUAGACAUAAUUGCUUCUACCAGUGUCGGUGAUAAGGAUGUUUUGGUGUCAACUGCUAGGUAAAAUCAGUUUGUCAUAAUAAGACUUGCUAAUUCCUACAAGCCUAUUACAACAAACUGGGAAUUUUAUAAUGAAAAACUAUCUGUUCUGAAUAACAUUGGUCAAAUGAUUCACUACUACUGCUGUGCUCUGCUCUGUCAAGUCUCUAAUAAGAACUUUUAAACUUUGUGCCUACUGAAAAGCAGCUUCUAGAGUUUGCAGGGAGGACAAGAACUAGAAAGUUAAAUUGUAAUUUUGCCAGGAAGACUCUUCCAUGUGUUCGGGGAUUUUUUAAAUAGCUUUAUAUAUCCAACCUUGAGAGGUUUUUGUGGAAUACUCCUCUGGACAAUAACUCUUUACUCCUAGCCAUUAUUAGAUUGGAAUUUUGUAGCAAAAUGCUAUUUAAAAUCUACUGUGAAUAUUUUUCUACUUAGCUUUCUGACUACUGAUUUUUUUUUUUUUUACUGUUCUUUCAAGUUGGCUUCAAUUUCACUCAACUUCUAAAUUAUCUGUAGUUAUUUUUGGUAGAAUCUAUUUGAAAUAGUAAAUUUGUUCAAAGUAUAAGCCAACAUUUUAAAAAGGUUAUAGCAUUCUUGCAAGAUUAAAUAGGGAUAAUUUUGUUAUCAUUUUGGUGGUCACUAUCCUCCACUCAGAGUCACUGAAGAAUUUGUUCAAUUGGGCUAAAAAGAUAAAAACAAAUGAACCCUGCUGUAGGCAUUUAAAAUGUUAUAGUGUGUGCAUUUUGAGGAAUUAAAUGUAAAUUCAAUAGCACUGGCUUCUUUACCUCUGUUAGUCAUAUGAAACCUUGUUCAUUUCCCCAAUUACUGUACAUUUUCAUAUUUGUACAAUCUUCCUUAUCAUAAGUUCUGCUUUUCAUUAACUGUUACCUGAUAUUAGUUCAUAGAGUUUAUCACAAAAUAAAACAUAUUCAUUCUAA